AUGAAGGAGGCGAAACUCAUGGCUAACGCCCAAGAAGAAGACGUAAGGUUAGCCACGCACACGGGUGGCAGUAGCCAGGUUGCGGACCAGGGCGACGCGAGUGGAGAACGUAUUGGCGACACAGAAGCAACAGAAGCGCAGCAGUCCGUGCAGGGUGUGAAGCGUGUGCUCGCCACGAGUGGUGAUGAAGGCAAUGUCCACGAAGAAACACCACCAGUCGACGCGUCGGCAAUCACGGCAACAGCAGGCAGCGGCACCAACGUGGACGACAAUGCGGAUGAUGACGCGGAUGAUGAUUUGGAUGAAGCUGCCAUUGCCAUGAUCAUGGAUCUCGACAACGAUGAUUAUGCUGUGAAGAAGACGCAGAAACGUGAAGAUGAUGCCAGUGCCUAUGCUCGGAUGCAUGCUGCUGGUGACGACGAUGAUAAUGAUGAUGAUGAGGAUGAUGAUGAUGAUGAGGAUGACAUGAUCCCAACGCAAGAUAGCAUGGAUGCGCUUCUCUGUCAAGUCGACAUGGAUGCGGCCAUCCAGCAACAACAGCAGCAGAAGGAACAACAGCCACACCAGCACCAGACACACCAGCAACAGCAGCAGCCACCAUCUGGCUACCACCUGCAAAGGUGCAAGGUGCUCGGCGUGGAAGGAGAUUAUCCUCAGAAACAGCUGACUCUGCUUGGAACAUCGUCCCACAUCAGCGGCCAGCACCUGACGUGCGUGCUGCUGGACGAAUGGGCCCGUACCGACGUCAGCCCAGGCGAUGUGGUAGAGGUGAUUGGCCAAUUUGACCGCAGUGGCACAUGCUGCGUUUCCACCAAGGCCAACUUCCUCGUCGUCCAUCCAGAGGUCCUCGUCGCCACAACCCGCGUCGCCACGAGCUUCCAGUGCCUGCGCAAGGCCGUGCUCAGCGAACACUUUCGCUCCUCAGACGUCACUGUCCCCGCCAUGGCGUACGGAACCCUGCUGCAUCUCGUGUUCCAGACAGCACUGCAGCGCCACGACUUCUCGCGCGAGUUUUUGCAUGCAUGCAUUCGCGACACCCUGCGCACGGAGAUGGAGCUGCUUUAUGCUGUCGGCGUCAGCGAGGCCGAGGCCGAACGAGAACUGCACACAUACACAGACGCGCUGCAGCUGUGGGCGCAGCGGUUUCUCCGCCGCGACCCAACCGAGCUCGUCAGCCUGGACGCGGUCAACAACCGCGUGCACCAGGACAGGGUGGCCAUCAACGACCUGCGGGACAUUGAGGAGGCGUGCUGGUCCCCGCGGUUUGGCCUCAAGGCGAGCAUUGACGCGACCGUCGGUGUUGCCAUCCACAGGCGCCACCCGCGCAAGCGCCACCACCACCACCACACACGCACCAUGCACACAUACACGCAGCCAACACCACAACAGCGACAGCAGCAGCAACAGGAGGAAAGACAAGGGCCAUCACAGUGCGCUGGCUCGCAGUGGUUUGACAACGGCCGCCUCGGCCACAUUGAAUGCACCGUCUGCAAAUCCGCACACCACCACACCGCCGCCAACAACAACGGCAACAACGGCAACAACCGCAAUGGCGGCUGCGGCAAUCGUCAUGAUGAUAAUGAUGAUGAUGAUGAUGAUAAUGAUGAUGUGACGCGGCACGAGAUGCUGAUGCCGCUUGAGGUGAAGACGGGACGGGCGGUGACAAACGGCUCCUCGGACCACCGCGCACAGGUCAUCCUCUAUGCGCUGGUCAUGAACGAGCUCGGGCACAACACGUCCGCGGGGCUGCUCUACUACAUGAAGAGCGGCGAGAUGUACGGCGUGCCGCUGCACCGCCCAGAGAUUAUUGCGCUGCUCGGCGCGCGAAAUGCGCUGGCCGGGUACCUGAAGCGCGGUACCGAGUACCCGCCGGUACUCAGAAGCGAGAGCGCGUGCGGCCGCUGCUACCACAUCAACUUGUGCACUGCUGUGCACGCGAGCGUGGAGGGCGGCACUGCAGACUCGUUUGGGCUCAAGGACGAGUUCAACGCGCGCACGAGCCACCUCAGCGCAACGGACACGGAGUACAUGCGCACGUGGCUGGACCUCAUCGCACACGAGGACGCCGUUGCUUCGGAUGACGCGAGCCGGCUCUGGAACGUGCCCGCCCACGUGCUGGAGGAGCAGCACCUGUGCUUGCAGCGCCUGAUCAUGGUGGACAUCCUGUCCUCCACCACAGGCACAGAGCGACAGCAACACCAACACCAGCAGGAGCAAGUACAUGUGGAGGAGCAAAGGAGAACGGCCAGAGCGCAGGUGCCAGGCAAUGGGCCUGCGGCUGCUACGACAGCCGCAAACAAGACGAGCACAUCAUCGUCGCCAUCUUCAGCGCCUCCAUCAUCCUCGUCGUUUGUGUAUGUGUUUGCACGCGUGGAUGAGGCCGGGAAGCGCUGUGCAAUGCCUGUGAGCCCGUUCCAAGUUGGCGAUCAUGUCGUGUUGAGCACACAGCGCCCGCGACACGCCGCUGUGCGCACGGGCCGGGUGGCCGGUGUGGACGCCACAGCCAUCACCGUCGCCUUUGAUCGCCCCGUCCGCCAGAUUACGAGCAAGGCCGACCUCCGCACCAAGAACACAACCGCAACCGCCGCAAGUGCAAGUGCGAGUGAGCGUGAACGUGAACGUGCGGCCUCAGCAGCAACACAAUCCCUAGCAGAUGCCACUGCCACCCAGUCGGCAACAUCUGCGGUUGUGUACCGGCUGGACCGCGACCCGUCCGUGUACACGGCGCGCUCGUACAGGGGCCAUCUCUUCAGCCUGUUUGGCAGCAACCUUCCCGUCAAGGCGCAGCGGUACCAGCCACCGAGCCAGGCAACACAGCUGGCGACAGAUGUGAAGGAGCGACGGCGCGCGCUGCUGGUGGGCCUGACGCCGCCCGCGUUUCGCGAUGAGUUGCCCGAUUUGGAAACCGCGGUCGUGGACAGGCUGUCCGCGUCGUUUGGGCUGAAUGAGAUUCAGCGUGAGGCCGUGCUGCGUGUGCUGUGUGCAGACGACUACUGCUUGAUCCAGGGCAUGCCAGGUACGGGCAAGACCACAACCAUCGCCUGCCUUGUCUCUGUGAUGGCGGAAAUUGGCUUGUCCGUGCUGCUCACGGCGUACACGCACAGCGCCGUUGACAACGUGCUGCUGAAGGUUCACAAGACCCUUCGCGGACAGUUUCUCCGCUUGGGAGGCGUUGACCGCAUCCACCCCUCCAUUCGUGAUCACUCCGCGGCGGCCGUGCGCCAGCGGUGCAGUAGCGUGGCCGAGCUCUCCUCUGCGUAUCACUCUGUUUCAGUUGUUGCAACCACCUGUCUCGGCGUCAACCACGCCAUUCUCGACCACAGGCAGUUUGACUACUGCAUUGUUGACGAGGCUUCGCAAAUCACCCAGACGGCGUGCUUGGGCCCCAUUGCGCACGCCACCAAGUUUGUGCUGGUUGGCGACCACCUUCAGCUGCCGCCCCUUGUUCGAUCGCAACGGGCGCGUGCAGGCGGGAUGGACGUGAGCAUGUUUAAGCGUUUGAGCAGCGCCAACCCGGCCGCCACCGUCGUGCUCUCCAAGCAGUACCGCAUGUGUGCGGAGAUUAUGCGGCUGUCCAACGCCAUCACGUACGAGAACAAGCUGACGUGCGGGGCGGAUGUGGUGGCGACGCAGCGCCUCAACAUCGACGUCACCCGGCUCUCCCUCCUCAGAGAAGCAUCAGCGCUGCUGUCGUCGCCGCGGUGGCUGGAGCACGCGGUGGACCCAUCGCAUCCAACCGUCUUCCUCGACACAUCACGCCUCCCACAGGCGCGGGAGGAACGCGACGGAAAGGUGCUGCACAACCCGACAGAGGUCACACUCGUUGCCACGCUCUGCCGCGUGCUCGUGCACUCGCUUGGGCUGCCGGCAGAAGAUGUGGGCGUGAUUGUCCCCUAUCGCGCACAGCUGCGCCGGGUGCAGACAGCUGUGCAUCACCAGCACGGCCUGCGUGGGGUGGAAUGCAACACGGUUGACCGGUACCAGGGGCGAGACAAGGCGUGUAUUAUCGUGUCGUUUGUUCGCUCUAACCCCGAAGGGCACGUGGGGGAACUGCUGCAGGACGAGCGACGCAUCAACGUUGCGCUCACACGCGCAAAGGCAAAACUCAUUCUCAUUGGCUGCUCCUCCACCCUCAUGUCAAGUGUGACGCUUGCAGGUGUGAUUCGUCUCGCAACAGACGGCAGCUGGAUCGUGUCGCUCCCACACGACGCCAUCACCCAAUCCCACCUCGCACCGUGA